AUGGAAGUUGUUGAUGGGAAUGGAGAACAUUCUAUUGAUGGGAAUGAAGAGCAAGCUGUCAAGGAGAUUGGUGACAAUGAUUCAUGUACCGUUGAUUUAGAGGCUAACGGUGGUCAAGAACCUAACAUUGGAAUGGAAUUUGAUUCACAAGAAAAUGCUUAUUCGUUCUACACUCAUUAUGCUAAAUCAGUUGGGUUUGGGAUAUCAAUUAAAAAUAGUCGUCGUUCAAAGAUUUCUAGAGAGUUUAUUGAUGUAAGUUAUGCUUGCACAAGAUACGGCAAGAAGCGAGAAUCCAGUUCACAAAAUCCACGUCCUUGUUUGAAGGUGGGAUGUGAGGCUAGUUUACGUGUUAAAAGAAUUUGUGAUGGAAAAUGGAUUGUUCAUAGCUUCAUUAAAGACCACAAUCACGAACUUUUUCCAGCAUAUGCACAUUAUUUUCCUUGCCAUAGAGGAAUCAAUAAAGCUCAAAAGCAUUCUAUUGAAACUUUGCACCAUGUUGGAGUGAGAACAAGCAAAAUUUUUGCCACAAUGGCCAAAGAAUAUGGAGGAUAUGAAAACAUUGGUUGCUUGGAGAAAGAUGUAAGAAACCAUUUAGAUAAAGGUCGGCGUUUGGCUUUAGAAUCUGGAGAUGCAAAUGCAAUGUUAGAUUGUUUUAUGCUCAUGCAAGAAGAAAGUCCAGGAUUCUUUUAUGCAAUUGAUAUGGAUGAUGAGGGUCGCAUGAAAAAUGUAUUUUGGGUGGAUGCAAAAGGUAGAGAAGACUAUCAAGAGUUUGGAGAUGUGAUUUCAUUUGAUACUACAUAUAUCACAAAUAAGUACAAAAUGCCAUUUGCUCCUUUUAUUGGUGUAAACAAUCACUUUCAAUCAAGGUUACUUGGUUGUGCAUUACUCUCAGAUGAGACCAAGAACACUUUCAUAUGGUUGAUGAAAAUAUGGCUUAGAGCAAUGGGUGGAAAACCUCCAAAUGCAAUCAUAACUGAUCAAGAUAGAGCAAUGAAAGAGGCUAUUAAAGAGGUAUUUCCAAAUUCUCGACAUCGAUUUUGUCUUUGGCAUAUACUUAGAAAGGUGCCUGAGAAGCUUAGUCAUGUUUUAAGAGAUGACGAAGACUUCAUGAGAUAUCUCAACAUAUGCAUAUAUAAGUCUUGGUCAAAACAACAAUUUGAAGAUAAAUGGCAUGAAAUGGUGGAAAAAUUUGAUCUAUUUGGAGAUGAUUGGAUUCACUCUUUAUAUGAAGAACGUGAACAUUGA